UAUUAGGCUGUAAUCAUAGUGAUGCCUUUGAACUCACGCUGUUCGAAUUGGCGACCAAAUUAGUACCAGAGUUAUCACUGUUGUGAGCAGAUUUGUGAUCAAGACUGAUACAAACCUUAGAUUUCGCGUCUACCCAGCAAACCCUAUGGCUAGCCAAUGUGAUAAUACCAUCUCAAUCGGUAAGCUGAAUUAAAUGUUGUAUUGAAUUUACCGAAGAGAAUAUUCUAAGCGGAAGCUGUUGAAAGGUGGGCAAACUUUCACUUACUAGUGCCGUAAAUUCCCGCAUCUUUCUUGUGUUACGAAGUACGUAAUAAACUUGUCCGGGCAGGUAAUCGAUCCUAAGUCUCCAAAGAUUCCUUCGGAAAAUGAGAUAAACUCGUUACUCUUGGAGCGAGUUUUCUCAAAGCCAGAAUAGCAAAGCGGCACAGUUUACUAACCAACUUCCGCAUUGUCGAUCAAUGCUUUUAUAAAUAACCGAGAUCUUCUCCAGUUUCUUUUCCUCGUCGGCCAAGGAUCUUAAUUUCUUCAUCAGAUUUGCAAUCAACAACAAUUUUAAAACGUAGAUAGUGUAAAUUUUGCUUCGUAAUGAUUACUCCGAAGUUCUGAGAAUUUCGCGGUAGUGAUUUCUGAGAAUUAGAAAACAUGACAUAUAAUAUUAUUCUCAAACUUAAUUCAAAGUCAUAGUUUUUUUUCUCUGAAAUGAAAAACCGAUCGCGAGUUAUCAUGAUAGAGAAGCAUUACAUUGUUUGUUGAAAUUUGACUGAAAUAAUGUCGUUUAGUCGAAUCGUAAUUAACAGCAACACCAGAUUUCGUGACACUUCUUUAGUGCGGCGACUUUAGUGACGCUGUCGCGUUUUCGCAAGAAUAAAAAUGUCGCUGUCGCACUAAAUUUGGUAAUAUAGUAAUUCUGACUUGUGCCAACGCCCGUUAGUGUUUUCCUUUUGUCAUAAGAUCCACUGCACAUGAAUUUCUAUUAGUUUCGGUGUAGCAGUAAAAAUUACAGAGACCACUUCAAGGCUCAGCACACAGCAGUUGCAUCAUACCAUAAGAUCUGGAUUUUUUUUCUACGCUUGCUGUCAUGCCGGGAGCGAAUUUUGGCCCAUCUUGCUACUGAACUAAUAGACUAGGAUUCUUUGAUUUAGUGUCAUGAAUAUAAGUACCGCCUCACUUAAGUAUUUACGCACUGAAAAAUGAUGCGAAUAUUCGAAAAAGAAGCCGUCAUUUGUCAUUUGCGGUGCUAAAUCUUAACAUAACAUAAGCCAUCAUUUAAAGCGCCUUGGGAAUUAUUUGCAAACAUUGCCUAGAUUACCUCUCUUGUCUUUCCCAUUGUGACUCGUUUUGCCCUAUUUUACUCUUCUUCAGAAUGUGGUGGGAUUUCUUCUAAUCUUUCACCAUUUCACGCCAAUGACAAAGGCAAUACAAGAGACACCCGUCCUAACGAUUAUUCGCAUUUGGUGCACAAACAUUUGUGUGACGCACCGUAACAGACCAUUACAUAAAAAUAGGUAACAAGAGACUGACUGUGCAUGACAAAGGUUGAAUAUGAAACACGUUAAACUUGUGAGUUGUUUAUUGGCAAAAUACUGAGGCCGGAAAAUCACAAAAGAGUCACGCUGUCCUGGUCACGAUGUCUCUGUCGGAAAAAUCACAGCGAAAAAAUGUCGCUACGUGGAAAUUAAAAGUGGAUUGUCGCUAUCGAAAAAUAUCGCUCCUCUUCUACCAGUUUUUGUCGGCUGUCGGUUCAUCGGAACAAGAUUGUCGCCACAUUUUUUUAGCAAUGUCGCUUGUCGCCAAUACCUCAUAGAAGGCCUCGUUGCAAUCAGUGACAACAGUUUUCCGGUUUUAUAGAGAAUUAAAAAAGCCUUCGUUUUCACUCGCCCACACUAAAACGGAGCGUUUUAAAAACGAUGCAUAUUCAAAAGACUCCACUUUAGUAACCGUUUUCGGGAGUCUCUGUUUUCAUCAAGGUCUUCUGGCGUUUUGAUAUGGAUAACAUGCGAAAACGCAACAAAUAGUUUGCGUUUUCAAGCGAAAACGCAGUAGUAUGGAAGCUGCCUCAGCUACAAUGACAAUUUUGAGCAGUUUGGAAACGAGAACUAAAGAAUUAGAUCUCUUAUGAAGUUUUUCUUACUGUUUAUCACGAAUGGCUUAAUCACUUAAGUAUCAAAUUUAAUGUGCUACAUCAAUUUAGAAAUAAUCAUGAUACUUCGAUAGCUAACUUUUUUUCUGUACGAAAGAUAAUAGUUUGCUUCAGUUGAGAAUACAAUUGUAGAUAAGAGUAAUAGAAGGGCAUCCGUUUAAUAAUUAAACGAUUUUUUUGAUAGUUCUUGCAAAUAUAUCUCUCCUCGAUAUCUUAACCCCACCCUCCCUUAAUAUGUUGUGGCUGUUGCUUGACUUGUUUGUUAUGUACUCCUUAGAUUUUUCCCUGUAUGUUCCCAAACGCAGAUUUGUAUUGAAAGGACAUCCUCGAUUUGAAAGUUUAUAUCUAAUGUAUAAAUAAACAAAAGAAAGAGAAAGACCUUGGUCGGUUUACAAUGCUAAAUAUUCCGAAAUAUGAACAUAUUACACAUAAGAUUAAUUUAUCUUAUUCUGGUUUCUGGUGAUCUUUGCCGUCUCGCCCUGCUUUGCCAUCACUUUUAUUCCUGUCAUAAGACAGUCAUUGUAUUCUGGAAAAGUCUUUCCUGUCUGGAUCAGGGUACUCACAAAUAUGUAGGAUGCAGUUUUUCUGUUUUGCGUGUGAAUACCAAUCUUCACGACACUACCCUACAAGGAAGUGAGAGAAAGAACCUGGGUAUGAGGCUAUGAUCGUUCGCACUAUGACGUAAUACUAGGACGGUUGUGACGCGUUUGAGCACAGAAGUGCUGACUAGUCGAAUUUUAUGAGCAGAUUUGUGAUCAAGACUGAUACAAAACCUUAGAUUUCUCGUCCACCCAGCACACCCGAUGGCUGAUCAAGAUAAUAAUCCCCUCUCAAUCGGUAAGAUGAAUUGAAUGUUUUAUGAAUUUACCGAGAAUAUUCAAAUUCUCGCGUCUUUCUUGUGUUUCGAAAUACGUAAUAAACUUGUCCGUGCAGGUAAUCGGUCCUAAGUCUCAAAAGAACCCUUCGGAGAGUGAGAUGAACUCGUUGCACUUGGAGCGAGUUAUCUAAAAAAACUAAAAUAGAAAAACGCUGCUGGGAUCUUCCUCUUGUUUCUUUUCUUCAUAGGUAACAUUGUUGGGGAGAGUUUAUUGCAGUUAAGUGUAAUAGCACGCAAAGUAGUUCUUAAAUCUAAUGCGAAAUGUCACCAAGAAGAUCAACUGUUGUCACACGUUUACGCGAGGCAGUUACUUAGGUGCAGAAUUGUGCUGAAUCGAAUUCCCAGAAUUGAGGCAAUCGACAGAAGUCAGUUUCUACCUUACUACGAUGAAAAUUUUAUCACGAAAUUGUAGCCGAGGACCUUUAUUUCUUAACCAGAUUUGCUGCUAAUCACAGUUUUAAAACGUCUGUGAUGCAAAUUUUGCAUCGUAAUGAUUAUUCUGAGAAUUUAGCAGUAGUGUGUAAUCAAUUGAUUUCUGAGAAUUGACAAACAUGACCGGAAAUAUUAUUUUCAAGCUUGAUUCCAAGCUAUAUUUUUUCUCUGAAAUGAAAAACCGGGGUACCUUGAUAAAGAUGCAUUUCGUGGUUUGUUCACUGAUAAGUUACCCAACCUAACAAUGGCUGAUUACAGCGUUAUUAGUUAUUCAAUAAAGUAUAGAAGAUUUCGAAAUGUAUUGGAGCGUGACAGGUGUUUUCCUCUAUCGAAGUUAUAGCAUAAACCGAAGCCAUAGCGGUGAUAAACCGAGAAUAUUAGACUAAAAUUAUGUCGUUCAGUAAAAUCGUAAUCAGCAGCAAAAGAAACUAGUUUCUUUUGCUACUGAUAAUUGUUUUUAUUCUCAUGAUCUUACUUCAUGGUUCAGGGGUGAUAUUGUAAAGAUAAAUUAGAUGCUACCCACUCUUAGAGGUUAGGAAUGAGUUAAUUGGUUAAAGUAAUUUAUUUACGUUCGGAUGUGUUUGGGGGUAGUCUACACAUCCUACUACAAUCUGCAAUGAAUGUACAAAAAUUUGAUGCAUAGGCUGUGCACAAAACUCUAACAUGACUAUACUUUUAAGGCCAAACUACCAAUCCCUACACAUAAUAAAAUGUCAGUAGGAUCAGAGGAUAAAAAUAAUGUGCCAUACAUCUGUAAGAGUUCAUGUAAUUAUUUUAAUUACCUGAAUAUUAACCGAUGCUGGGAAAUCUAAGAAUAUUCAAAAGAAAAUAAAAUUUGCGUGAUAAAUUAGAAUUCACCAUAGGCUAGAUAAUCAAGAUUCCUUGAAAAAGAAAUGUGUGCUAAUGAAAAGCAAACUUUUUUACAACGCCUGCCUGUACCUGUACCUGUACAGCAGGCAGUAAAGUCAUUCGAAGAGGUCAUAAUCGCGGUUUUACAUGUUGAAAACACGCACACAUGUAGAUUUCCUGUAAAUCUGUAGAUCAAGCCUGCCAUGACUCCAAAAUUUUGAUGCACACCUCAAAAGGAUAUGAAAUAAAUUUCAAGUUUCUAUUUAUUCAGUUUAGGUUAGUGAGGUAAAAUUGAGUCACACAUUCAAACAACAACAGUUCAAGAAAAUUUUCACAACUAAUUUGUAGGGUUAGCCUGCCUCGAACAAUCACAUUCGUGUACAAAUUAGACCAGGGCUCAGUUGUAUAAAGAGCGGAUAACACUGUCCAACAGAUACAUUGCUAUCCAGCAGAUAAGUGAUAACAAAAUGUAUAGCAUUAUCUAUGGGAUAGAGUUUUAUCCAAUAGAUGGCAUUAUUCAACCUUCAAACAUCUGGGUCAGGUUUGUACUGAUGAUGUACAAAAAAACUAUGUGUGGUAAGAGGGCAUGCUCUCCUCUCUUCAUUUAAAGAAAUACUGAGGUUAUCAUCUUUCCACAAGCUCAGCGGAAAAUGAGAUUGAAUGAGACUGAUAUUGACUGUAUUAUUUGAAUAAAUAUUCAGUGGAAGCUAAGAAGUAAGAUAUGGUCUGCACAACUCUCUUAUUUUUAUUUUUUAAACUACUAAGCUAAGGCAUUUAUAUUCUUGCUUUGUGCAUUAUGUGGACACCAAUUAAUUUAACUUUUGUGUGUCUCUUCAUCUAUGUGCCCUAAACAUUAUGUGGGAGGAGGCAGGUAAAAGUGAAAACAUGAGUUAGAAAAGGAGGGCCUCCAUUAAUUUCAAUCCUAAUUAAAGGAGGAUCCUUGCCUUUCUGGAUUCCAACCUAUAAAAAUUUGCAUGUCUUGUGACCAAUUUUGUAUGUCAAUGUUUAGUUUGGGUAUGAGCAUUGAUAAGAAACACCAUGCAUUAAUGAAAGCUUGAGCUAGAGUAUUUAAUGCAAUCUAAAUAAUAAUAUUACAUGUUACGUUGUGGUAACUUACACAGCAAAAAUUAUAUAAUUGCACAAUUCCAAACAAAGGAACUGACAGGUUAUUGACUCACCUGCUUCAACUUUGAGGGCUUAAGGUACAGAGAAAUAGAUAUGGCAAACAGUUACAAUUAAUGCAAAGUUAAAAGUUUGAAGGAUUAAAAAUACAAAUUACAAUUAGCAGACCCUAUGCAUCCUAGCAAAGAAAGGGUGAUCUACAACCAUAGCUUCUCCCACAUGUUCAUGCUUACAGGAAAUCAUUCAUUCAUGUCACUAGGUGGUACUGUACUUACUAUAGUUCUACCAACACAAAUACAUUUUUCUAAAGUUGUCUCAUAGCAUAUGGCUGAACAGGUCAUAUAGAAAGUUCCUGCUCGGGGACUGACAUUUCAAUUACCUCAGCCAAAUGUAAUCAUCAGAAUUGCAAGCCAAGGUGUAUUUACCGAGUGCUCAAGUUUCCAGAUUAGUCACCUAAUUGUUACAGUGGAGUUCACUCCUUUUUGAGGGUAUCUUCAGCUUGAUCAUCCUGUUACAUGUGAAAACAUCAAAUGUUACUCAUGUAUUUAAAUAAUUACCUGAAUCAAAACUUGAUUUUUUUUUUAAUAACCUGCUUCCUUUAAUUGUGCUCCAGAAAUAGUAAAUGGUAUUGAAGAGAAAGAAAGAAAGUUCUUGAGACAUUCUAUGUUAGAUGAAACUUUGUUAUGAAUAAUCAUUGGGACAACAACUAAAAAAACUGUAAAACUAUCAUAACAACUACCUUUCCAUGUAAACAAACGAUAAUGAAGCAUGAUAUGAAUAAAUUUAAUCUCACCCAGUUUGAAUGUAGAAUCCAAAAUCUAAUUAAUUUACUGGUGAAUAGGAAAAAGCUUGGUGUGUUUUUACUGCUUCUGUCAUUCUAAAUAGUGAAAAUCAAUCUUGCCACCACUUAACCUUUUAACCCCUAAAAAUGACUAGCAUCUAAUUUCUCCCUACAAUAUCACCUCUGAAUCAAACAUUAAGAUCAUGAGAAUAAAGGAAAUGGUCACCAAAUAAAGAAGUUCUGGACUGUUAAAAAAAUUGUCCUUGUUAGCACCUUAGGAAAUGUAUGGAGAACAGUAUGGAGAAUAUGCAUAACGAUGUGAGGGUGUAAAGGAUUAAGUGUGAUUUUUUUGAUGAUAUCUACUUUUUCUUAUGGACAUCUAAUUUUAGUAUCUAUCCUUUACCAGCUGAUAUAGGAGAAGAAUCAAGUCCACACGGGUAAUUUAACACAUUGCAGUCAAACCCUACAAAUUUUCUUUGAUCAAAAACAUGAAGGGAAAUAGAGGAAAUUUGCUAACACAACCUAAGUUUCCCUUCUCAAGUAUUCUGUGAUGUUUUUUUUAUCACAUGGUGAAGUUUAAAGUUUCCCUCCUUUCACUGUCUUCUGUUCAUUUGUUUAUUUGCUUUCCUAACAAUCUUACCUACACUGUAUUGUUGCCAACAAAUGCAAGGAGCAGCAUAUAAAAUGUGUACAAUUAUUAACUAACUAACAUCUAAUUUCUCCUUUCAAUAUCACCUUAAAUCAAACAUUAAGUUAUGAGAAUAAAGGAAAUGAUAAACAACUGAAGAACCUCUUGACUGUUUAACAAAUUCUCCCUGCCAGCACAUCAAGAAUUGUAUAGAGAACGGUAUGGGGAAUAUGUAUACAAAUUUUACCCUCAUUUUUAUAAAAGAAGGAUACCACAUUUGGAAGUAUAAGAGAUACAUAGAUGAUCACAGUGUAUCAGUACCUAAAUUAACAAAGCUUGACCGUAACAAGCGUUCAGCGACACCUUCCAACACCGCCAUCUCGAUUCCUCAGUCUGUCGUUUCCACUGAACUUAAAGCAGUGGUGCCAACAGAGUAGAGCGCGUCUCAUAAAGGAGAAACAUUUUUUCAAGAGACAGAAGCAACUAUAUGCGAUUACAGAGGUGCGUUGGAACUCUGGUCCACAAAUGGUUAUGCACUGUCCGAAGUAUAAAACAAUUUUGUUGAUAGCUGACAGACAGAGAAGAACAACAAGUAAACUUUAGAGCUGUUGUUAUUGAAGUGUGACCUGAACUUUUCAUUUCUAUAUAAAGAAGGAUUUUGCACAAAAAAUAAAAAGAAGUAAUAUUUUUUGGGAGAUUCAGUGAUUGGGACAUUUAAGAAAUUAAAUUAUCAAAGGAAACUCAGUUUGUACUUUUCAUUACUAACAAGUCUUGUUUUAAAAAUAUUUUCAGAUCAGAGUUUCAAAUAGACUAAAUUGAAGAAGCAAUUUAAAAGAUGUUUUUUUCUCAAAGGGAACAGUGACUACCUCUGUCUUGUCUACAUGCCAAAUGUUUGCAAAGUGUGCGGAUGAUCCACAAGUAUUGAAACUCUUACAAAAAUGUUUUGUAAAAAUAAAAACAGUAAAACAAAUUACUGCAAUCAGUCACGAAAGAAGAGCAAAAAACUGAAAAAAAAAACAGCAACAACAAUCAUGAAAAAAGGAAGAUUAAUUAGAUGCUGAAUUUGUUUGUCAAAGGCAUGAAAUUUCUACUAAAAAUAAUGUGAACAGAAAGUCUCAGACACUGUUUGAGGCAACUGAGCUUGACUGUUCCGAGGUUUUCUUACAAAGGCAACCAGUAUGUAGAUUAGGAAAGUAACCUAUCUUCAUAACUUACAAAGUUCUUUAACUGUAGAUAACCAUGUAAUUGUUACACAUGUGGAAGUUGUGUACCAAGGAACAGCUGAUGAAUGUUUGAUGAUUUUGGCACAUCUGUGAAAACGAGAUAUUUUGCAUCACAACCAAAAACUUUUAUGAUCAUGGAAUCCAAGAGUCCUUUGAGGUUAGAAAGCAAAUCUGUGAUAUGAGUACAUUGGAUUAGAUGGCAAUUUGCAUAUAACAUAAUUGACUGCUGCUUCAUGAGAAAAUCCUUAUUAAUGUAGAGAUUUACUAGAAACUUAGUUUGAAUAAUCAGUUUCAUGAUCUUUAAGUUUUUAACAUAUACAUGUAUGUAUAUCUCUUGGUAAAUUUUGUAUAGCAUACCUUUUAUUGAGCCAAAGUUUUAAGCCUCUAAAAUUACUCCUUUUCAUAAAACCUUCGCUUUCAAGGUAUUGAGAAUUUCUCGGAAUUAAUUUGGACCUCAGGGUAUUUCAAUUGCCUCAGAUUCAAUUCCCAGAAAUUCCCAAGAAUUCCACCCCUCUAAAAUUAUAGGUAGUUUGUAUACCUGAGAAUUCUCAGGAAUUCCUAGGAAUUCCUAGAAAACUGGGAAUUCAGUUGGCAAGGGUUAUUUGCAUAAUUGGGAAUUUUUGAGAAUUCCGAGGAAUUCCUAGAAAACUGGGAAUUCAGUUUGCAAGGGAUAAGCUACCAGCAACAGGUUUUCCCAUUGUAAGUGUUUCAUAACAUCACAUUCGCAUCACAGUUUUUUGUUACAUUUGAAAGCAUAUGAAUAUUUUAAUAAUUGCAAUAUAAUGAAGUCCCCAAUUUUACUCCUAAAAAGUCCUUCUAGAGACCUAGAUAGAAUUUGUCCUCACGCUAUCGAUAUGAUACCAAGCAGACAAGUAAUGAGAAUAAAGAAAAAUAUCUAUUAGAGGAUUAUUGAUUGAUCCAAUUCCAAAUUCUCCAAGCUAAGAUCACAUAGAUUGUAUGGCAGACAAUAAGGAGAAUUACUAAUGAAAUCGUGGGAGUUUAGGGGUUAAGACACAUGCGGUAAUCAUAUGCACCAGAAAGACUGCGAAUAAAUGUAACAUACUCCAGAAAAGUUUUCUUAUGUCGAAUGAAGUUUCAAACUCAUUGAAAUUAAGUUUACUUCAUGAUUCAGAUUUUAGUGAAAGAAAUGUGUAAUAUCUCUUUACAAGGAUGGAAAGGAAAUGCCAUUUAUGAAUUUUAAAAUUGUAGAUGCCAAAAACUACUAAAAUAUAGCAUAUCUAUUUACUGAGAUUUUAAUAAUUAGCUGGUAGAUAAAAGAGGCUUUGUGAGAAAAACCAGGGCAAUAAAAUUCAAGAUUCAGGAGAAGCAUAUGACAAUACUAAUGUUCUCACAUGAAUUCAAACUGGAAAGAGAACUCUGCAACACGUCUGUUUUAUCCCCUCACGCGUGAAUUAAAACAAAAUUUAAAUAUUUGCAGACAGGCUAAGGAGGAAAUUAAAGGAAUGGAUAUAUGUUACAUAAAUAGAAACAUCUUACAAUAAAAAAAAGCAGGAGCAUAUUACCUAAUUGUCUAUGCUCCUCAAUACAGUUACAGUAGGUAAAUUUAAGCAGUUAUCUACAUAUGUAAACCGGGUGCAAUAUACGGUCGUAAAAGCAAUUUUAUUCAAACCUUCCUCCUUGAAAGGUGCCCUAUGUAUCAAAUAUAUCAAGUUCAGUACCUCCAGAGUCAUGAGCCGGGCUUUGGGGCUACAAAAUAAUAAAAUAAUAAACGAGUUAUGCCAAGCUAAUCUAUCGAGAGUCAAUUAAAUACAGUUUCCUAAAAUCGUAUGGAAAAUUUAAAAUGUGUUUUACUUGUGCUACAUAUACGGAUUUAUCGUUCUUAAUUCCUGAUGAAAUUCCGAGAGUGUGACUCAAUUAAUUCACAAGAAAAUAUCCAAGCAGGUAACAGAAAUGGUUCACGAAUUGUAAACAAAUAGUGUGUUAACUCCCCAAAAUUAUGGUGCCGAUUCGAAUUUAUCGUUUACAAUCACUUACGAAAUUCCGAGAUUGUGCCUCAGUGAAUUCAACAGAAAAUAUCCAGUAAGGUUACAGAUACGAACUCUAAAAAGCUGCUCUCGAAUUCGAAAACUGUCAAGAUUUAUUUACGCUAACGAUGUGCUUACCAGCGUGUUUGUGAGCUGAAAUUGCCAGGGCUCUGUUUAAUUACACGGUCACAGCUCGGACGCUGCUUCCAAAAUGUGAUACCUAUUAAUUUCAGAGAUUUAUUCUUCAGUUUCCAGCAUAAGGAAAAAAUUAUCGUACCGCAGGCAUGUUCAUCAUAACCCGAGCAUUAAGUACGCCUCGAGAUGAGUUGCGCUAAAAGAAAGUGGCUCCAUGUUUUGAGAGACAAACCAUUUCCUGAAAUUCGAACGAAUCGAGUAGAGAGCGUUGAAAAGUACCAUGACCAAACAAUGAAAUUCGCUCUUCCCGCUGCGAGAUCAACACCAUUUUACCCGUGAGUUUGUUUGGUCCUCACAUUUGCGCUCGGUAAGUUAAUUCUCAGAUUUUUUACAAAAUCAAAUUACUGCGUCAGGCUUAAAGUAAACAUGAAUAUAGCUGACUUGAUCUCAUUAUAAUCCAUUUUUGGGAAAGGCUAUUACUUCGUUCUUAGCGUAAAACAACAAACCUUCGACAAAGCACGAUUUUUUUAAAAUGAAUAAUGUAAACCUUGCGAUAGCUAACUGAGGAGAGAAUGAUAAAAACUGCUCUCGCCGUCAGCUAUUAUUUUAAAACUUUCUAGGCAAUACACAAUCCGUAAGAUAACUUCUUUUCCCUAAACGCUAUGACUGUAUUAAACAUUCCAGAAGGAAGGACAAGAAGUAAUUUGAAGAAUACGAACACUUUGAAAUGUUAUUCGAGCGAUGAACGGGCGCGAGGGUUUUAAAGCGAUGAAUGCAAAAGUCAUUGUUUUACCGAAACGUGAUUUGGAUUAUCAUCUAUAGCUAGUAUCAAACGAAGAUUGGGAAAAAAGGUUUAAAUUUUUCUGGGCCUUAGCGUAAGAGAAAACCCAGAUAAGACACGACCUACCUCCUCUUCUUUUUCAGAUCCUUUGUAGUUCGCUUCUCUCUGUUGAUGACCCCUUUUCAGUCUGUUUUCUGGAGCUCUUUUUGUUUCCUCCUCACGUUGUUCCUCGCUAGAUAUUUGCCUUUUUGAGUAUACCUUUUCUUAUUCUCUUUCGCGUUCCUCUCGCCGUAUUCUGCCUAUUUUAGCGUCCUUUUUAACUUUCUUGUACAUUUUCCUCAACUCGUUUUACGCCUUUUACUUCUUGCUUUCUUUGGUUGCUCUGUCUCUUUUUUUCCGGCCUAUUUUCACUCAAAACCCCUUCUCCACGAACUUGAAUUAUAACAAUUUCCUCCGGUUGACAAAGCUUUAGUUCUGCUAGUAUUGUUGCUUUGCAAGUUGAUUAUAAAUUGCAAAAUAUUGAGAAUUACUGUUCAACUACAACCCCACCAGUUUGAAACCCCGCUCGGAACGCGUGUUGCAAAUUAUUUGCUUACUCGGCUUCACAUCUACUAGCUUAUGUGAAGCCCUCGUGUAAAGCCUAGCCGUGUGCCCGCGACACGCUGCAUCAAUGCGCACUUCAUUGUGAUCUGCCAGUGUCUCCUCCAGUGGCACUAAUAGGGUAUCCAAGGGGUAUCCUAGUUACGCAUGCGAUCGCGCCUGGGCAUUAUCCUCUCCUUUGCCCUUCCAUAACGUAAUGGUUAAGAACGUGCCUGCAAUGCUCUUGGCUGCGCAUGCUAAAAGUAGCACCUUGUACAGUCGGUCGUACGGUAGUAAGUCCAAAUUUUUUGGGCUUGAUGGGUUACUACUAUUUUGCAUAUUUAUCGGGCUACACUGCGCGCGCUGCGAGCUCCGCUAUUAACCCCUUUGCGCUCUAACAUCAGUAAAGGUAUUCUCCAUACUGUUCCCCAUACAUUCCUUAAGGUGCAUACAAGGAAAAUGUGUGUGACAAUCAACAGCUUCUUUUGCUACUGAUAAUUACUUUUAUUCUCAUGAUGUUACUGCAUGAUUCAGGGUGUUAUUGUAAGGAGAAAUUAAAUGCUAGUCACUCUUCGGGGUUAGGGAUGAGUCAAAUGGUUAAAGGAAUCUGUUUACCUUCGGAUGUGUUAGGGGGGUGGGGAUUGUGUAGAUUCACGUUAUGCCCCAGGCGGGAAUUAUUUUUCCUAAAGAUGUUUGAUAGACAACUAAAACUCACUAUAACUAUUACUUAUUUAAAGAAAGCGAGAAAAAUUUUAAAUCUGUAAUACAUGUUUCGACAAAAACUUCUGUCAUCUUUCGUUAAUUAAUGUACAAAGCUUUGGAAGUUGAAUUAUAUAGUAAGUACAACAGUGCCGAUUAUGAUAAAUAGUGACAACAAGAAAAGAGGUAAAGCAUGAAAGUGUGAGAAUUAAAAGGAUAGCUUUAGAUUUACAUGGUGUAACUGUUGAUUCAGGGAUGGUUGUUCUCUUUGAAUAUGAUUCAGGGGUGAUAUUACUCAGAUGUUAGUCAUUGUCACUGAAAUUUGUUGAAGAUUGAUGGGUUUUAUAGAUUUUAAGGUGGAAGCGACUUAUGGCCCAGCAUUUAUUCUACUGUUAAACUCAUACAAAAUGCUUAAAACUCCUAAUUGGUAUAACACAGUUUUAAAUACCUUCAACUGAACUUGUAUAACUUGAUAGCAAGCGAUCCAUAGAUGAUGAAAUAUGUAUAUUUUUAAAAUUUUUUAAAUUUAUCAGAAAUUCUCGGGUUUUCUUACAAAGCAAGUCUAUGAGAGUGACCCGUGAACAGAGGCGCAAUAAUGUUAUGAUAAUGUGCAUUUUUCCUUCCUUUUAGGAUCUUUGUUCUCUGCUUUCGAGAAAAGUAAGCCGGAAGCAGUGGAAAAGAUAGCCAUAAAGUUAGACAUGGAAAUAUCAAGGGUGGUGAAAAAUUGGAGGCAUUUUGCAAAAGAAUUAAACGUUGGACCAGACGUUAUAGAAAGUCUGAAAUGGUACGGUACCUUUAGUCCGACCACGAACGUUUUUGAUAACUUGGAGUUUACUAAACCAGAUCUUACAAUUGGGAUGUUGAAGGAGGUUUUCACAAAUAUCGGAAGGAAUGAUUUGAAACAACUGCUGGAUCGAGGUAUCGUGUCAAAACUUUGCUCCUUCUUUUAUCCGCAAAGACAUUAGUAAUACAUCAAACUCUACGGACUUCUCUCACGAUUUCAGGCAUUUACACUAUGUCUCCGAUGGAUAUCCGUAAUACUGACAAACACUUUUCUCAAGCGAUUUACUUUAAUGUAGAUGCUCAUAAGCAUUCUAAUUUCUCGUGAUCUGUAUUGACCACCAGGCCUUGUGGCUUAAAAAUCUGAGUACGAAGCAAGUAAAUUGAUUUAAUGAGGGGAGGAGUAAUUUUACCAGAGUUCUUUCGCUUGUUGAUGAUGAAAUAAAAGUUUUAUUUAAAUUGUGUAAUACCUAAUGUACAAUUAAAUUGGCUUAAACCAUGCGGUUUAAGCCUUUUUCAAUACAGAUGCAUCAAUUGUUGAAGUUUCUGAUAGUCACAACCCCGUAAAUGAAAGCUGUUAAAAAAUGUUUUCUAUUAAAAUUUUAUAACACCAUUUUUUUCAAAGUUUUUAAACUAGAAGACGAUGGGAAGAAAGUAAUAACUGCCUUAAAUAAAGUACUCUUAAGUGAUAUCGCACUGGGACUUGACAGAUUUGGAGGACCCACGGCAAACUGGGAAGACUUUGCCAUGCACGAAAUGAUUGGUGUAGCCAAAAACAGAGGCGAUUUACAGCAGUUUGGAUCACCUCUGUUGGAAAAUCCAACAGCACGGAUUUUUCAGCAUCUGGAGUCGAAAGGACGCCAUUUGACACUGGGAGAACUGUACGACGUACUCAUCUCUGAUUCAGUUAAGAGAGUUCGCACUGCAAAACGCCUGAUAGAUCCAAAUGGUAUGUGUUAUGUGCCUAUGAUGAAAUUACUUAACAGAUUAGAGACUGUCAUAUUGAAAUUAGACACCCAUUAUUGCAAGAACCAAACCAGGCUAAUAUUUACAAAAGGCUCUAAUUGGUAAUUUAUGAUAAGUAUGAAGUCAGAGUUAGGACCGCGGAUCUGACACGAUUCCAUUUUUAUUUCUUCUUAUGUAUCUAAAAACUACCUCAUAGCAAAACUGUUUCAAGCUUGGUGUGUAAUUCCUCUUACCCUUUCAGCUUCUCGGUUUUUUUAAAGUAUUUUUGGGCAUGGGGUAAAAUAUGGACUGGACUAUUUUUUUAACCAUUUUUUAACCAUUUUUGGACCAUUUUUUGAACCAUUUUUUGGACCAUUUUUUGGACCAUUUUUUGGACCAUUUUUUUUGGACCAUUUUUUGGACCAUUUUAUAGGGGGGAAGCACACUAUUAGUUCUCAGGGAGGGGAGGGAUGCAGUCCAUCAGUAUUAAGGGAGGGGUGGGAGGCAGUCCAUCAGUAUUAAGGGAGGGGUGGAAGGCAGAGUAUUAUCACUCGGGAAGGGGUGAGAGACGGACUAUUACUAUGCAGGGAGGGGUGGGAGGUGGUUGUGAUAGUAAACACAACUGUUUAGUGGAGCUUUUACUCGAUCGUACGAAUUAAUUGAAUCGGUUUUUCGAAUGACUUUUUGUAUGUCAAACUUUUAGUGCUGGGUUGCGACGUUUCUUAAUUUUUUUUGUCAUGCGAAAGCGAAAUUCCCGCGUAAACACUGGACUCUAAUUUUUAUUGAGAAUAUUGCGUUUACGGUCCUCCACUGUUGAGUUAUGCGUGCGCCUUUGAGUCAACUCGUGCACCAUCAGUUGCUUCACGUUUUCCUUUGUGUAUACUGUAUGUAAUUACUAAAUUUAUCUAUCUUCCUUUUGUUAUUGAUCCUAUCAAACGAGAUCACGGAAUUUCCGGCCCAUAGCCUUAGCAACAUAAAGAAUUUACAAGCGCUAUCGCAAUUUUAAAGUUUAUACCUUUACUUGAUAAAAUCAUCAGCGUAAGAAUUCGAAGAGGAAUCUAUGUUCUCGAAGCGACCAAACACACCGCUGUACUCGUAAAAUAGGAAAGUGCAAAUAUCGAUUUCAUCUGUUUCGCAAACAAAGGAGUUAAUCACCGACACCGGAAAUCGCGACCAGGUAUCCCUCACGACUCCCCUAGGUUUGUUUUCCAAUUUGCUAGGGCCGCUGCCGAUUACUUCUUGCGUUAAAACCUACGAAACCUACGAAGUGGAGCUAUGGUGGCUUCUGUUGCCUGCCGAUAUUUUCCGUCGGCAAAACGUAGAAGUCCAGUGUCUACGCGGCAGUUUCGCUUUCCCAUGAUAAAAAAUUAAGAAACGCCGCGGCCCAACGCUGAAAUUUUGACAUACAAAAAGUCACUCGAAAAACAAAUUUAAAUAGUUUGUAUGAUCGAGUAAAAGCUCCAUUAACCAGUAGUGUUUACUAUUACAACCACCUUCCACCCCUCCAUGCGUAGUAAUAGUCUGUCUCUCACCCCUCCCUGAGUAAUAACACUCUGCCUCCCGCCCCUCCCUCAGUUCUAAUGGUGUGCUUCCCCCUAUAAAAUGGUCCAAAAAUGGUCCAAAAAAUGGUCCAAAAAAUAGUCCAGUCCAUAUUUUACCCUAUGCCGUAUUUUUGUAAUUGACCUGAUACACUGGAAAAACCAGGGCCAGGUUGUUCAAAGCUGGGUUAAGAUAACCCAGGGUUAGUGAGAAAUCUGAUUUCAGAUCUAAACGUUUUGAAAGGAAAUUCAGUCGAAUUCUUUUAGUCUAGAGUAUGACUAUUUGACGCUUUAAAUAGAACACUGAAAAUUAUCCCAAAAAGGCUUUUGAGUAAAGGAAUAAAGAAACCCAGAUUAAAAUUUAACCCUGGGUUAGCGCUAAUCGGCCUUUGAACAACUGGGCCCAGGUGUCUUUUCCCAUAAACUUACACUUAGCAAAUACACUCCAUGUUGCUGUUCGUCUGUUCUGUAAUCGAUCACAGAUGACGUCAAAAUGUGAAAAACACAUCAUUGACGCACUCGACUGCACAUCGUGUGCCACUUUUCUCUGAUCUAUUAUUGAUCAGACCCACAGCAACAUGGAACUGAUCUAUUUGAUUUACUAAAUUAAGAAGCAUAGUGAUGUUAAUGGUGACGUAAUCUUAGCAUCUCUUCUCCAUCUUCCAUCAGUAGGUCGAAUAGUGAAAAGAAAUCAAAAUGCGUGUAUUAUUAGGAGAUGCAUGGACAGGCAUCUUUCACGCUCUUUAUGAAAAUUUGAUUACUGCCCUCAGUCUCUAAGAACGGUUUUUUCCGGGCAGACAAUCGAUCUCGAUAAUAUAUCAGUCAGAGAUCAUAGACAGGGCCUAAUAAGCAUCUAUUAUUUCAGUUGUAGAGUCUUCUUGGCGUAGUCGAUUGGUGAAAAAGGUUAUAGUACCAGAAUCAAGCCUAUUCCGGAAGAUAUCUUGUGACCUUAAUAGGAGAGUUCCUGGAACGGGUGACUGGAAAACAAUGGCAUGGAAACUUGGAAUACCAUACGAAGAUUAUAUUGGAUAUGAAACGCGUGAAGGGAAACCAAGCCCUACAAGAGAAGUCUUAGACAAAGUUGUUACUGUUCGACCUAUGAUCACCAUAUCUGACAUUGUACAAGCACUGGAAAAAAUUGAACGUCGUGAUGUCAUUGAAAUUUUUAAAGAAGUACUAGGUGGGAAAAAUUUGAAACAAUUAUUUCAACAAAUUGACAUAGUUUUCUAAAUAUCGCACAGUAAGUUUUUGUGCCCUGCUUUGUGAAAUAAGUCUGGUUGGAAACACAUUUCGCCAAAGAUGGCAAUGACGAUAACCAUGACGAUGACAAUAACAAUGACGAUGUCGAUGACGCUGAUGAUGACGUCAAUGGUGAUGUCGAUAACGAUGACGAUAGCAACUACGAUAACAAUUACGAUAACGAUGACGAUAACGAUGACGAUAACGAUGAUGAUAACGAUGACGUUCAUGAUCACGUUAAUCAUUUUUAGCCUCUUUUAUCUGAUUAUAACUUUCAAUAUUAACACCAUCAAAAUUUAUCAUUUGCAUGUUUUUGUUAGGUAUGGAAGAUUUGACUGGAGCCAUGAGAGAUCUUACAGUAGCGAUGCCAGAUUAAGGUCAGAAAAACGGUAUUUAAAAGAAAGAGAAAAAUUGAUAUGAAAUAUUUUCGAAAGAAAGCUCGGCAACUUUUUAAUUGAAUGUCCUUAUUUGACUACCCAAACAGAGGUGUUCCCUUCUCCUCCCCUCUCCCAUUUUUUCUCAUUCUAUGUGUCAUGAAAUUAUGUCGUUGUUAAGUAUUAGUGUAAAUUUUGACGGCUUAAUCGACUGAAGUUAACCAUAAUCAGGCUUGUCAGAUAUCGGUGAUUCAUAGGAAAAAAAAACGUCAAAUCAUCCAUUUUGCCUGUUUUUGCUAUCUCUUACCCAAGUCUUUGCUGACAAAAGGAAUUUUUGGACUCUUAUAAUAUUCUACUACUGAGGAAUUAUGAAUGAUGUGGAUAUGUUCAGUUACUCACUUUGUCUGUUCAGUUUUGAAUAAUUAUUGUUUUUAUACUUUCUCCUUCUAACAUAGUAGCUGGAAUAUUUUAAAAUUUGUAAAAGAGCGGUAUAAAAAGAUCUUCUUCACCGAUACUCUUUACCUCAGGCUAACGGUGGCAUCCUCUACGACGAAAAGUUCGAAGAACUUUUAAAGAAAAUUGUGGAAUUUGUUCAACCCCAGAGCGAUUUAUGUAUUGCAUUACAAGGGAGACGGUGGAGGAAAGAUGUGAUUGAUGGCAUUGCUGAACUAUCUACGUCUUUUGGAUUGUUAUUUUCUUUUUUCAAUGUUCACUUAGAUUGCAGCUACUUUUGUGCCUUUUUUAAUCAAAAAUAUGAACUUAAAUUUACGCCAAUCUGCAAAGUUUUCAAAAGUUACAUUCUUUCAAGAGUAAAGUCCUCUGGGUAUGGGACUUGCAAACUUUUUAUUGAGAGCCUUCCUCGUAUUUGAAGUAGCUCUAAAGUAUUUCACCCCAAUUUAACAUAAAAUAGAAAAUGAAAAAAAUAAAUUGAUCGUAAAAGGUUACGUUAUGGCGCUCCUUAAAUGACGUUAAAAACCUUUGAUGAAUCAUCACCAACCAUUCGCAUAUGCAUUUUAACUCAACUGAACAAAUUGAGAGCAGAUUACUGAGCUAGAUCAUUUCAGGUUUCCAUUCUCAGUGAUUUAGUUUGCCCAACUCAAAAGCAGAAGGUCCCUUAUUCGGAUAAAGCUGUAUGUAUAUUUGCAAUAUUCAUUACCCAAUAGCUAUCUGCUUGUAGAAAUGAGUGAAAUAAAAUUUGAAGGUUUUGACCCCAGCUG